AUGUCUCUUCUGUUCAAUUUCAGUAAUUGGUUGGCUUUUAGUAGGCAGCAUAUGCAGCAAGCUUUGGACUAUGCAUUCUUAUACAGACUGAUAAAAAAACUAGAAGAGCUCUGGAUUCCUUCUGCACUAUCCAGGGACUAUGAGGAAAUGCUGGGUCAUUCGCUGUGUACAUUUAUCGACUUUUGCCUGGGACUUUUGAGCAAACAAAGAGAUUUAUUUCCUCCCGCAAACAAAGCUGCUUACUACAGAUUGGAGUAUUUGCUGAGGUGUCUGCAACACAUUUAUAAUAUGGAGCUAUUUAAACAAUGUUGCCCAUUUAGGAAAGAGUUACACAGAGAAGUGAUUGAUGCUAUCAAGAAAGGCACAGUUGACUGGUAUGAGACUGUUCAUGCAUUAGCUGAACCACUAGUACAGUCAGAAGAAGAACAAGUUACAAGUCUUGUCUCAUUGGGUAAUACACUAAAUACUGAUAUGCAGAGAGGAGUCAAAUAUUAUCACAAACUCUAUCAGAAUAUUGUAAAAGUGGACUACUUUACAAUUACAUUCAGACAACUUGAAAAACUAAUUGCAGAAGAUGUAAGCCGAGCUAUGGAGGAAGUAAAUAGAAUUAUAAAGUCCCAUGAUGGGAAAGAUCAGAACUAUUCAGUUGGUACUUCACUUUUUGAAAUAUAUCUGGCUUUGAAAGAACUACUGGCAUAUAAACAGUAUCUAUCUCCAAAUGAAGCUAAGAAUUUAGCAUUAGCCAAUUAUCAUGUGUGGUUUAAAUAUUGUGUACAGAAAUGGUUGGAUAUUGCUAAAGAUAAAGCCAUGGACCGAAUAAAGAAAUCAGUGGAAUUAGACAAGAUAGUUCUAGUUGACUGUAUGGUGAAACACAGUACAUCUGCUGUUGAUACCAGUUGCUGUUUUGCACAGAUCCGUGAAUUUUGGCAGAAGUUGGAUUGGCCUGAUACAACCGGUUCUUUCUUGUAUGUUACAAAGGUUACUGAUGAUAUCGCAAAAGGUGCUGUGUACUAUGCAGAUGUUAUGCAUGACAAAUUAAAACAAAACGGCUACUUUGAUGAUGAAGGACAAUUUGAUAUUACAGAACAGCUAUGUAUAACAAUAAAUGAUAUAGAACAUGUGAGAAAGUCUCUGAAACCGCUGCCCCAAGUGUUAGGAUAUUCUGAGAUACAACAUGCCAUGGAAAAAGCACAUGGCAGUAAAAGUGGAAAACAGUGCAGGGAAUCUUUACAUACUGUGUUGAAAAGUGCUGAUGAAGAUAUGUGUAAUCAGAUAUGGAAGAUUGUACAAAGAGUUGGUGAGAAGAUGAAACCAGAUAUCAAGAAAUUUGUCUUUCAUCUCACAUGGGCACCCAUGUCUGUACCAGCUGAUGACGCGAUAUGUCCACUGAUGGAGUAUUUGGACAGUAACUUGAUAACACUUAACAAUACAUUACUACGAGCAAACUUUGACAGAAUCCUUGAGGAGAUCUGGCAUGUUGUGUUGAAUGAGUUACAGGAACAAGUGGAAUCUAAUGAAGGGAAAGAGACUUUGUUUUAUCUGCGACUGUUUGAUGCCUUAGAGAUCUUAAUUGACUUUUUCUAUGCUGAUGAGAAGGGUCUCUCAAUGGAUCUUAUCAUGAAUGAAGACUGCAAAUUACUACUAAACUACUUAAAACUUAAUAAAACACCAACUGAAGAGCUUAUUGAGCUUUACUACUUGGAAAAGAUAGAUGAACAGGUUCAUAGAGAAAGUGAGGAGUUUGGUGCACUUACUGUCAAGUGCUUUUACAACCAAGAAAGAGAAAAGUUUUGUAUACAGAUAAUGAACGCAGCAAAUGUCAUUCCUCUGGAUUCCAACGGAUUAAGUGAUCCAUUUGUAAUGGUGGAAUUAUUGCCUAAACAUGUGUUCAAUCGACUUGACGUGAAACAAACCAAGGUUGUCAAGAAAACACUACACCCACUUUUUGAAGAGAACUUUGAAUUUGUUGUGUCGACAGCUGACUGUCGUCAUAGAGGAGCAUGUGUCUUGCUUACUGUGAUGGACCAUGAUAUCAUUCUAACUAACGACUAUGCCGGUGAAGCCUAUCUGCCUCUUGGUAGCAUACCAGGACUUUCUCAUGAUUGUGGUGGAUUUGAGAAACUUAAACCAAUGACUUUAUUACUAAGUCAACCUACUGCAUCUACCGGCAAUGACCUGUUCAGCAUCUUGGAAAGCAGAGCACAUUCAGACAAGGCUGCCCAGGAAAUUGUGAAAAAAAGACAUCAACUGAUCGAGAAAGUACAGUCUCAGAAAUCAUAG